CUUCAUUACCUUGUUAAAGACGAGCAGAGAAUGUUGCAUCUAAACGAUCCUGAGACUCGUGGAGAAACCUCCAGAGUCGCUGUACCUUGUACUUCACGUGUUCCAUGUCAGGAUGUGAAUGGUCAUGAUGCAAAGUUAGGUCAAUCACAUUCGCUUAUUGGGGAUGAUCAAACAUUUACGAUCGAUGAUAUUGGGCCUUCUUUUGAAUAUGAUCCUGAAUUGCCUAAACUGAAUAAAUUUUCUGUAUCAGUUAAAUCAAAGACAAAUGGACCAAAUGUUUUUGUAGAAGUCCCCGCGCUGAAAAAGGUGCGAACUGCUUAUAAAGAUCUGGAUGAAGUCACAGAAAGAUUUACUGAGGAACAAUGCAUUAACUUCCUAAUGGCCGAUUCUACAGUAAGUGAUACUAUGAGUGACGAUGAUACAGAGUAUUUCAGUAUCGAAAAUUUCGUUGUUUACGAUAAAAAUGGCGAGAUUGUCGAUUUUUGGGUAGAAUAUGAUUUCCGUAGUUCUGAAUUGUAUUGGGAUGGGAUACUUGUUGAAGGUGAUAAAAGGAUUACAUGCGUGGGGGUAAAUUAUAAAAAAUUCACUAUAGAAGGAUAUGGUGUUAAUCAUAAUGAAAUCAUAAUUUGGUUUGAAUCUUCUGUUCGCGAAAAUCUUUGGUAUAAAGUCGUGUCAACUUUACCAGAAUACGCUCAAAUUUGGAAGAGUUUUGUGUGGAGGGUAUAUCUGACUAAAUACGUAUUGGAUUGGAUUCAUACGAAUCCGUCAGUGCUAUUUAAGGAUUUGGAAUUACAAUUUUAUAAUUGGAUUCACAACUCUCGUAGUGGAGACCCGUUUUAUGAAGAAUGGAUUUCUAAAUUAAAUCCUCAAACGCGAGAUUUUAGGCAUCUCGUGAUUAAUAACAUGUAUUUAAUUUGGCAUGAGGCUUAUUUUCUCGGUCCAGAUUAUUCCGAAAAGCCAUUUUUUCAAGACGAAUGGAGUCCAGGAAGAUAUUCUUCCAAUACUAGUACUAUUGGCAAGAACUUGGAAAAAACUACAGUCACGCCAACCGUAUACAAAUGGUUUAAUGACUUAUUUCCAAACCUUCUGAAUGUGAUAGAACCGGACAAUUGUGAUGAAUUGAAAGGUAGUCCAUCAAAGAAUGUAGGAUGUAAUAUAAGGGAAUAUAAAGAACUCAAGCACAAAGGAGUUCCGAUUUUCCGAGGGUUAAUCUCGAAGAGUAAGAAAAAUUAUAAUCGGGUGCAAAUUGAUGAUGUUGUGAUUAACGUUGGAGAUUGUUGUGAAAUUUAUCCCGAUGAUUCUGUUGGGCCAGAUGUUCGCUGGAUAUGUUAUAUUACCGAAAUCACAAAAGUUAACAACAGUGGUGCUAUUAAAUUCGUGUGGCUCUAUUCAAGAAAAGACACGCUUCUUCAGAAUUUGGAUAAAGAUUUAUUUUCGAAUAAGUCAAAAGAGCUAUUUUUUACUUUACACUGUGAAUGUGUUAAAUUUUGGCCAAUUAGUCGUAUUAAGAGAAAGAUUUUAGUGCAUUUUGGGAAAUCUAAAUGUCCUGAAUCAAACAAUGAAAAUGUUUUCUUUUGUAAGUAUGCUUAUCUUCCAAUGGCGAAAGAAGGAAGUUUUAUCACGUUCCAUGAAGUCAUGACCUAUCCAAACGAAGAAGACGGACUUUGCUGUGGCUGUGGAGAUAAUGAUGACAAAUUUGCAAUUUUUAGAAAGAAAUAUGAACGUGAUGAUUGCAUUUUAAUAAAACCAUUCGAAGGAGAUAUCAAAGAACUUUAUACUGUUUGCAAGAUCGAGAGUAUUAAUGAGGAAGAGGGUUAUGUAACUCUCCGACGCUUUUAUAGGCUAACAGAAUUGUCACAGAAAAAAUAUGGUACAGCAAAAAAUGAACUAUUAUUUUCGGAUUAUUUAUUCAAUUUUGAUAGAUUUCACGAUGUUGUUCGAAGUUGCCAUGUUGAAUUUUUACCGCUUGGUGAAGAAAAACCUGUCAACUUGCUUCAUCGUGGUACUGGGGAACACUUCUAUUUUUCGAAAAUAUACUUUCGAAGAACAAAAACAAUAAAAAAUCCUGAUUCAAAUAUGAUGGAAUAUUUCUCUAAAAUUUUCCCGGAUUGGUACUACAAAGUUGAGCCGUGUACCAAAUUAAAGUGUCUUGAUCUUUUUUGCGGGGGUGGUUCGUUGGGAAGAGGAUUCGAAGACGCAGGAUUUGUAGAGUGCAAAUGGGCGAUAGAUACCAAUGAAACUGCUAUGAAAACUUAUAUGCAUAAUUCUAAACAAGGGGAUGUUGUGCUUAUUAACGAAAGUGUUAAUAAAAUUCUCGCCAACGCUAUGAAAAAUAAAAAUAAUCAGAAUUUACCAAAUAAGGGUGAGGUUGAUAUAAUGUUGGCAGGAUCGCCUUGUCAGGGUUUUUCGCGCAUAAACAAACACCAGGAUACUGAUAGAAGCAUGACUAAUAAUUCAUUAGUUGCUUCCGUUGCAUCAUUUGUCGAUUUUUAUCGGCCACGAUUUUUACUACUUGAGAAUGUAGCAACUAUUUAUCGUAAACUUGUAUUUUUUAGGUUGAUAGGAUGCUUACUUGAAAUUGGGUAUCAAAUUAAAGUUGGUCUAAUUUCAGCCAUACAACAAGGUUGUGCUCAAGAAAGAAAUCGUAUUUUUCUUUGGGCUGCAGCACAUGGUGAAGUUUUACCGGGCCAUCCACCAGUUUCACAUAUGCAUUCCAACUUUUUUUUUAAAUCGUAUCGAAAUUUGUUUAAUUUAGGAAAUAGCACAAGCUUAGAAGGUUUGUCUAACGUAUCUAUGACAAGCUUUACGAUGAAUACGGUUGGAGAAAUUACUUAUGACCUUCCAAAGUUAGAUACCGGAAACUACUGGUAUCCUAUCUAUCCGGACCACGUUGCUACUAUUAAUAGUUAUAAGAUCAAGGAGAUCCUAAGGAGGAUCCCCACUUACCCUCCUGGAUCAGACUAUUAUUCAGCUCUAGAUAGGGGAAUGAUACCCGAUAGACUUAGGAAGGAAGAAUAUGAUUCAAAACGCGUGAAUCAUUUCGGCGGAGAAAAGUAUAAAUUCUGCCAGCGUAUUGAAAAAGAUGACGUAUUCUCAACUAUAUGUACCUCAAUGAGAUGUAACGGCUUUCAUCCAAGAAUCGUGCACUUCGAAGAACCUAGGGUCAUAAGUGUUCGAGAGGCCGCAAGAGCUCAAGGUUUUCUCGAAACAGAUAUUCUAUGUGGUAACAUAGCCGAUCAAUAUAAAGUGGUUGGUAAUAGUGUUCCGAGAAAUAUUGCCUUUGCUCUUGGGCUUCAGUUAGGAAGAGCGCUGACAGACCAUGAGCACGAACACCUUCCCAAAAAUCAUUAUGAAUUAUGGAAUGAUUAUUAAAUACAAUAAUUUUUAGAUUAUCAUAAAUCUAUAUUUGCUUAAUUGCUUAAACCAUAAAAUGCGUUCAUUAAAGUCGAUCUAAUCGACAGAUACUCUAAUCACGUGAGAUUCAUUUAUCAGCCAAUUAUAGUUCAUCCAAUCAUAAACUGACAUAAAUUACUGUUCAAACAAUGCAAAUCUGAAAAAAUGAGUCCUCUUUAAAUACUUACUUGAGUAAAUCCUUGGGUAGGGUUUCUUCCCAAUUUGCGAAAGAGAGAUUU